CUUUUGGAUUUCCAUUUUAAAUAGCGAGGGAAUUGAAUUCAAUAAUUGAGGAGGGAUAGGAACUCAAAAGGUCUGAUUUUUCUCAUCUACAGAUCAAUCUUUUUAUUGGGUUUAAAUCGAAACCCUUAGUUCUUGUUUGUUUCGUUGAAAUUAAAUAAAGAGAAAGAUGGGACUAUGGGAAGCUUUUCUCAAUUGGCUGCGAAGUCUCUUUUUCAAGCAAGAAAUGGAGUUGUCUCUAAUAGGACUUCAGAAUGCUGGGAAAACAUCACUUGUAAAUGUUAUUGCAACUGGUGGAUACAGUGAAGACAUGAUCCCAACAGUAGGAUUUAAUAUGAAGAAGGUAACAAAAGGGAAUGUCACAAUAAAGUUGUGGGAUCUUGGAGGUCAACCAAGGUUUCGCAGCAUGUGGGAGAGAUACUGCCGUGCAGUUUCAGCUAUUGUAUAUGUUGUGGAUGCUGCUGAUUUUGAUAAUUUAUCUGUUUCAAGAAGUGAACUUCAUGACCUUUUGAGUAAGCCCUCACUGAAAGGUAUUCCCUUGCUGGUGCUGGGGAACAAAAUUGACAAACCGGGUGCUUUGUCUAAACAAGACUUUACAGAACAAUUGGGGCUCAAAUCUAUUACUGACAGAGAAGUGUGUUGCUUCAUGAUAUCAUGCAAAAACUGCACUAACAUUGAUACAGUUAUCGAUUGGCUGGUAAAGCAUUCGAAAUCAAAGAAUUGAGUGUAGUCACUGUACUUAUAGUGGUCACUAUGACGAUUUUAAAUAGCUGAAUUUCAGCUUUGUUGAAGUGGGAUUCUUCUGUGUCUAACAGGGUUUAUUUAUGUCUGACCAUCAUCUUUUUUUUUUUUUCUGCAUGGCUUUAAUGGCAGUAUGUUUUGUUUGGGUUGGCAUCCAGGUUUUGAUGACAGCUUUGUAUUCUUGUUGGAGUUGGGGGUGCAAACUUGCUUGAUAUUUAUGUACAGAUACUAAAUUUAUGAUUUGCAAUUUAAACAUGAUACAUGUGUUGUGGUUUUUGAGUGAAAUAA